ACAAUUUACUUCAUAUUAAUAAGCCCUCAUUUUUCUUAGUUUCAGACGAGCAGUAAAUCUAUGAUAUAAUCAACAACAUCUUUCCUUAAGUAAUACAAAAUUUUGUCCCAGUUUAGAAAACCCUCUAGUGAUGGAAGCAUUAGAGGAAAAUGAAACUGCCCACAAGAAAAAUCUCUCAAAAAAGAUGAGCAGAAAUGCUAAGAGGUUUAGUGAUGAGCAGAUAAAGUCAUUAGAAUCCAUUUUCAAGCUUGGCAGCAAGCUUGAACCUAGUAAGACGCAACAAAUAGCUAGAGAUCUCGGGCUGCAGCCGCGCCAAGUAGCUAUUUGGUUUCAGAACAAAAGGGCAAGAUGGAAGUCGAAGCAACUCGAGCAAGAUUACAAAGUGCUUAAAGCCAAUUAUGACGAUUUAUACAUGAAAUUUGAAUCUUUGAUGAGGGAAAAGCAGUCUUUACAAAUGCAGUUACAGCAACUAAAGAAUCUACUAGAGAACCCUCUUGAUGAAAAUGCUGAAUACAAAGAAAUACCGGGUUUCCCAAAUUCAGAACAAAAGGAUCCCAACGGAGUUAUACACGCAGAUGAUGAGGAAAAAAUCAGCAACCACUUUGGGCAGGAAGAAGAAGGAGACAGUUCACCUUUGGCAUCAACUGAAACAUGGUGCAAUCUUUGCUCAGAUGACCUAUUUGAUCAGUCAUGUGACACUUCCAAUUGGUGGGAGACUGUGUAAUAUUAUACAUGCUUGAAAUUUAGGACUUCCUAACGAUGGUUCCUUUUUUGAGAAAUUUGGUAAGAGGCUUAGUUGAUUCAUGUGCGUGAUU